AUGAUAGGCGCGGAGGACAUUCGUGAGAAGUACUUGUUGGCGUGCUACCAGCAUCAAUUCGACGCGGAGUCUGUCUCCGGCUUCCGUAACAAGCAUCUCAUGCACGGUGCCUACAUCAACGAGAAGAAUGGCGGGGCGCAUCUGUACUAUCUGGAGCAGUUAGUAGGCAGGGAUGCGCAGUUCAGUGUGACAGGUAGGAGGUUUGAUUAGGGGGUUGGUUGUAUAUGUAAUGUUUCAUAUACGUAGCUUAUGUACUAUCUGGAGCAGUUAAUAGGCAAGGAUGUGCAGUUCAGUGAGACAGGUAGGGG